CCCCCCUCUAUCAACGACAGCCUCUCCUUAUCUAUACAUCACGACUCGCUGCCCCGCCUCCAUUCAUCCCGCGGCGGCCACCACUCACUGAACCCCCCCCCCUCAAUCCCCCCUGUUUACUAUUCCAUUCUCUGUCGGUUCCCGGCGGAAGAAUGGGUCUGAACUUGGAGGAAAUCUAUGGCCAAACUUUAGUUGAGGAGCAAAAACCAGCGGAGUAUUCGGAGUUCCAGCCAAAGAAGGGAUAUGGCUGGGCCAACACCUUGCCCGAGCGGCAAGGUCUGUAUGACCCCGAAUAUGAAAAGGAUGCUUGCGGUGUAGGCUUUGCGGCUAAUAUCAAAGGCAAAGCUAGCCACAAGAUUGUCAGCGAUGCCCGGAACUUGCUAUGUAACAUGACGCAUCGAGGAGCUGUCGGUUCCGAUGCUCGGGAUGGUGAUGGUGCCGGUGUAAUGACCAGUAUCCCCCACAAGUUUUUCGUCAAGAACUUCGCUCGCGAAGUUGGCGUUGACCUCCCCCCUCUGGGCCAGUAUGCCGUGGGAAACCUGUUUUUCAAGCCUGAUGAAGAGUCCCUAAAGGAGUCCAUUAAGUCCUUCGAAGAGAUCGCCACAUCGCUAGGCCUGCGCGUACUAGGAUGGCGUGAGGUCCCCCACGAUUCCACCAUUCUGGGCCCUGCUGCUCUCUCCCGAGAACCUACCAUUAUGCAGCCCUUUGUGGUGUUGAAGUCUGCCUACGGGGAGGGAGACAAGCCCGAGAUCACUGAUCCCGAGCAGUUCGACACCAAGACAUUUGAGCUCCAGCUCUAUGUGCUACGAAAGCGUGCCACUCACGUCAUUGGGCUCGCCAAUUGGUUCUACCUCUGCUCCCUGAGCAACCGAAACAUCGUCUACAAGGGCCAAUUGGCUCCCGUGCAGGUCUAUCAAUACUACCACGAUCUCGUCAACGUCGACUACGAAGGUCACUUUGCCCUCGUUCACUCGCGUUUCUCUACCAACACAUUCCCCUCCUGGGACCGUGCGCAGCCUCUGCGCUGGGCGGCCCACAACGGUGAAAUCAACACCCUGCGCGGAAACAAGAAUUGGAUGCGCGCCCGUGAGGGUCUACUCAAGUCCGAGAUCUUUGGCGAGGAGCUCGAGUCGCUGCUCCCCAUCGUCGAGGACGGUGGCUCUGACUCCGCUGCGUUCGACAACGUUCUGGAAUUGCUGAUGAUCAAUGGCGUCCUGUCUCUUCCCGAAGCCGUUAUGCUGAUGAUCCCCGAGGCCUGGCAGGACAACCCGGCCAUGGACCCCUCCAAGGCUGCCUUCUACGAAUGGGCUGCUUGCCAGAUGGAACCAUGGGACGGCCCUGCCCUCUUCACCUUCUCCGAUGGACGCUACUGUGGGGCUAACCUCGACCGUAACGGUCUGCGUCCCUGCCGUUUCUACGUGACUGACGAUGACCGCAUCAUUUGCGCCUCGGAGGUCGGUGCUGUUGAAAUCGACCAGGAGCGCGUGAUCCAGAAGGGCCGUUUGCAGCCUGGAAAGAUGCUUCUGGUUGAUACCGUGGCGGGUCGCAUCAUUGACGACUCUGAACUCAAGUAUACCGUCUCUCACCGUCAGGACUUCUCCGCCUGGCUGGAGAAGGAGCUGGUCAAGCUGCCGGCUAUCACGGAAGCGCUCGUUGAGCAGAAGGUGGACCUCCAGCAAGCCCUCGAUGAGACUACCGUCCAGAAUGACCCCCGUCUCAAGGCCUUUGGCUACUCCUUCGAGCAGGUCACCCUCCUCCUUGGCCCCAUGGGUGCCGACUCUAAGGAAGCUCUCGGUUCUAUGGGUAACGAUGCUCCUCUUGCAUGCAUUGCUAAACAGCCCCGUCUCCUCUACGAAUACUUCCGUCAGCUUUUCGCUCAGGUCACCAACCCCCCCAUUGACCCUAUUCGCGAGGCUGUUGUCAUGUCUCUAGAGUGCUAUGUCGGCCCUCAGGGCAACCUCCUGGCUAUGGAUCAAUCUCAGUGCCGCCGUCUGCAUCUGCGAUCCCCCAUCUUGAGCAUUCCCGAAUUCAACUCGCUGAAGAACAUCACCAAGGUCCACAAGGACUGGAGUGUCAAGACUAUUGACAUCACCUUCGAGAAGAAGAAGGGUGUUCCUGGAUACCUUGAGGCCCUCGACUCCAUCUGCGAUGCAGCUACCGAGGCUAUCCAGAACGGAGACAAGAUCAUCGUGCUCUCCGACCGUGCUACUUCUGCGGAGCGCGUUCCCGUCUCCGCUCUCCUGGCCACUGGUUUGGUCCACCACCACCUGGUGCGCAACAAGUGGAGAUCUCUGACUGCUCUGCUGGUUGAAACUGCUGAAGCCCGUGAGGUGCAUCACAUGUGCGUCCUCGUCGGUUACGGUGCUGAUGGUAUUAAUCCUUACCUCGCUAUGGAGUGUAUUCUCAAGAUGAACCGUGAGAAGUUGAUCCGCAAGCAACUCUCCGAUGAGCAGGUCAUUGAAAACUACAAGGCUUCAUGCGACGGUGGUAUCCUGAAGGUUAUGAGCAAGAUGGGUAUCUCUACCCUGCAAUCCUACAAGGGUGCUCAGAUCUUUGAAGCCCUCGGUAUCGAUGACAGCGUUAUCGACCGCUGCUUCGCUGGAACUGCCAGCCGUAUCCGUGGUAUGACUUUCGAGCUCAUUGCACAGGAUGCGUAUGCUUUCCACGAGCGCGGUUAUCCCUCACGCUCCGUCGUGGAUAUCCCCGGUCUGACUGAGUCCGGUGAAUAUCACUGGCGCGAUGGUGGCGAGGACCACAUCAACGACCCCGUCAGCAUUGCCAACGUGCAGGAUGCGGUACGCACGAAGAACGACAAGUCCUAUGAAGCCUACGCCAAGGCUGCCCACGACCAGAUCAAGAACUGCACUCUCCGUGGUAUGCUCGACUUUGACUUUGAGCAGCGCACCCCCAUCCCGAUCGACCAGGUUGAGCCUUGGACCGAGAUUGUCCGUCGCUUCGUGACUGGUGCCAUGUCAUACGGAUCCAUCUCCAUGGAAUCUCACUCUACUCUAGCCAUUGCCAUGAACCGCCUGGGUGGCAAGUCCAACACUGGUGAGGGUGGUGAAGAUCCCGAGCGAAGCAAGAGAAUGGAGAACGGCGACACCAUGCGCUCUGCUAUCAAGCAGAUCGCCUCUGGACGUUUCGGUGUCACCUCCCACUACCUUGCAGAUGCCGAUGAGCUGCAGAUCAAGAUGGCCCAGGGAGCCAAGCCCGGUGAGGGUGGUGAGCUUCCUGGCCACAAGGUUGUUGGUCCUAUUGCCCGCACCCGUUACUCUACUCCUGGUGUCGGUCUGAUUUCUCCCCCUCCUCACCACGACAUUUACUCCAUUGAGGAUCUGAAGCAGCUCAUUUACGAUCUCAAGUGCUCCAACCCCCGCGCUCGUGUUUCCGUGAAGCUCGUGUCUGAGGUUGGUGUGGGUAUCGUCGCCUCCGGUGUGGCCAAGGCCAAGGCCGACCACAUUCUCAUCUCUGGUCACGACGGUGGUACCGGUGCUUCUCGCUGGACUGGUAUCAAGUAUGCCGGUCUUCCUUGGGAACUGGGUCUUGCUGAGACCCACCAGACUCUGGUUCUCAACGAUCUGCGUGGCCGUGUGGUUGUCCAGACUGAUGGACAGAUUCGUACUGGUCGCGAUGUUGCUGUUGCCUGUCUGCUCGGUGCCGAAGAGUUUGGGUUUGCUACCACUCCUUUGAUUGCCCUGGGAUGUAUCUACAUGAGAAAAUGCCAUCUCAACACCUGCCCUGUUGGCAUCGCCACUCAGGACCCUGCCCUUCGCAAGAAGUUCCAGGGCCAGCCUGAACACGUCAUUAACUUCUUCUACUACAUUGCCAACGAAAUGCGUGCGAUCAUGGCCAAGCUGGGUAUUCGCAGCGUCAACGAGAUGGUUGGUCGUGCUGAGCUUCUCAAGGUUAGAGAGGACCUCCGCAACCCCAAGCAGGAGAAUAUCGAUCUUUCCCUCAUUCUUACUCCUGCUCACUCUCUCCGCCCUGGCGUUGCUACCUACAACGUCCGCAAGCAGGACCACCGCCUGCACACCCGUCUCGACAACAAGCUUAUUGCCGAGUCUGAACUGGCUUUGGAGAAGGGUCUACCUUGCCGUGUUGAGUGCGACAUCGUUAACACCGACCGUGCCCUCGGUGCCACGCUCUCCUACCAGGUCAGCCGUCGCUAUGGCUUGGAAGGUCUGCCUCAAGACACCAUUCACUCCAAUAUCAAGGGCUCCGCCGGUCAGUCCUUCGGUGCCUACCUUGCCCCUGGUAUCACUCUUGAACUCGAGGGUGACGCCAACGACUACGUUGGUAAGGGUUUGUCGGGAGGUCGCCUCAUCAUCUACCCUCCCCGCGGCGCCACCUACAAGGCCGAGGAGAACGUCAUCAUCGGUAACACCUGUUUGUACGGUGCUACUCGCGGUACCUGCUUCUUCCGUGGUGUUGCUGCUGAGCGUUUCGCUGUCCGUAACUCCGGUGCCACUGCUGUUGUGGAAGGUGUUGGUGACCACGGUUGCGAGUACAUGACCGGUGGUCGUGUUCUGAUCCUUGGCUCCACUGGCCGUAACUUUGCUGCUGGUAUGUCCGGUGGUAUUGCCUACGUUCUUGACAUGAACCAGGACUUCCACUCCAAGAUCAAUAUGGAGAUGGUUGAGGUCUCCACUUUGGAGGAUCCCGCUGAAAUUGCCUUUAUCCGUGGUCUCAUCGAAGAUCACCACCACUACACUGGCUCUGAAUUGGCUGCUCGCAUCCUCUUGGACUUCACUCGCGCUCUCCCCCACUUCGUCAAGGUUCUGCCCACUGACUACAAGCGUAUUCUUGAGGAGGAAGCUGCCAAGGCUGCUGCUGCGAAGAAGGCCGAGUUUGCUCUUCCUCAACUCCCUAGCGCCCCCGCUGAGAAGGAGAAGCCCAAGGCUGAGGCCGAGGGCAAGAAGGCCGAUCUCUUGGAUAUUGAGGACAGUGUCACUGACUCCAAGACCGAGAAGAAGAGAUCUGCUCUUAUCCUCGACAAGACCAGGGGUUUCAUGAAGUACAGUCGUCGUAGCGAGAAGUACCGCAACCCAUCCACCCGUACUCGUGACUGGGGCGAGAUUUCUUCUCGUCUGACUGAGGAUGAGCUUAAGUACCAAUCCGCUCGUUGCAUGGACUGUGGUGUUCCCUUCUGCCAGUCUGAGACUGGUUGCCCCAUCUCCAAUAUCAUCCCCAAGUGGAAUGAGCUUGUCUUCCAGAACCAGUGGCAGGAUGCUCUGAACCGCCUGCUCAUGACCAACAACUUCCCCGAGUUCACUGGUCGUGUCUGCCCUGCUCCUUGCGAGGGUGCUUGCGUUUUGGGUAUCAGCGAAGAUCCCGUUGGUAUCAAGUCCAUUGAAUGCGCCAUCAUUGACCGCGGUUUCGAGAUGGGCUGGAUGGUGCCUCGCCCUCCUACUGUCCGCACGGGUAAGACCAUUGCUAUCAUCGGUUCCGGCCCUGCUGGUCUCGCGGCUGCUGAUCAGCUCAACCGCGCUGGACACAGCGUGACCGUCUACGAGCGUGCUGAUCGCGUUGGUGGUCUGCUUAUGUAUGGUAUCCCCAACAUGAAACUCGACAAGAAGGUGGUGCAGCGCCGUGUGGACCUGAUGGCCGCUGAGGGCAUCAAGUUCGUCACUAGCACCGCUGUUGGCCCCGAAAGCGAGGUUAAUCUCGAAUCCUUGCGCAGGACCAACGACGCCGUUAUCCUCGCCACUGGUGCCACCGUCGCCCGUGAUCUCAAGGUCCCCGGCCGCGAGCUCGAGGGUAUCCACUUCGCCAUGCAGUUCCUGCACAAGAACACCAAGUCCCUCCUCGACUCCGAGCUGGCCGAUGGCGCUUACAUCUCCGCCAAGGACAAGCACGUCGUUGUCAUUGGUGGUGGUGACACUGGUAACGACUGCAUUGGUACCUCUGUCCGUCACGGCGCCAAGUCCGUCGUCAACUUCGAGCUACUGCCCCAGCCCCCACCAGAGCGUGCCCGUGACAACCCAUGGCCCCAAUGGCCCCGUAUCUAUCGCGUCGACUACGGACACUCCGAGGUCAAGACCCACAUGGGCAAGGAUCCCCGCGAGUACUGCAUCAUGUCCAAGGAGUUUGUUGACGACGGCAACGGUCGCGUGAAGGGAAUCAACACCGUUCGCGUUGAAUGGACCAAGAGUGCCACCGGCGGCUGGGACAUGAAGACCGUCGAAGGCAGCGAGCAGUUCUUCCCUGCUGACCUGGUCUUGCUCUCCAUGGGUUUCCUCGGCCCUGAGGACCGUCUCCUCGGUGAGGAAAUCGAGCGUGACGCUCGCAAGAACGUCAAGACUCCUCCUGGCCAGUACUCCACCAAUGUUCCAGGCGUGUAUGCGGCUGGUGACUGCCGUCGCGGCCAGUCGCUCAUUGUCUGGGGUAUCAAUGAAGGUCGCCAGUGCGCUCGCGAGGUCGACACCUUCCUCUCCGGCAUCAGCUCUCAGCUCCCUGUGACUGGUGGUAUUGUUCGCCGGCCCGCACUCGAUGCAGUCCGCCAGGCGACCGAGCCUGUUUCUGCCUAAACAGUUACUGUCAACCAUUCCGGUUGCAGGGGAACCUACCUGUACGCUGGACCGACGAUGGGUUCGAUCUACAUCUGAUGAUGCGAUGCCAACGAUCUAUGAAUAAUACCAUGUUGAAAAGCGAAAAGUUUCCACUGGAUCAGGCUAAAUAUAAACCAUGCCUGUUGUUCAUAGCCUGUUCAUUUUUUUUUUUUUGUUAUGGUCUUUUUU